AUGCCGGAGGAUUGGGAGGACUAUGGCGUCCAGCAGGUAUCGACGAAGAACGUCAGGCAGGGUGAAGCAGGAAGGGCAAGAAACCAAACUCGGAUGGCACAGAAAAGAGCUGGGAUGACGGAGGAGGAAAAAGCAGAGAGUAAGAACACCCGAAAGGAAGCUGCUGCUGCUUCGUAUCUCAGAAAUAGGAAAACCAUCCUUCGGAAAGCACAGGACAAGCGGAUCUCAGAGUUUGUUGAAAAGAUCGGACACCCAGAUGCUGAUCUAUGGUAUCCUUACCGUCGUAAUACCUACCGUGUCGGAACGGAAGCUGGUGUCUCCACCAAUCCCCGUAUUUACCUUUAA